GCUUAAUAUAAAACCCCUCUCCCCUGCCCUUCUCAAUCCGUCUUUGACCCCCAAAUCCCCACGAGAAAGAUCGGAAGGAAAAAAAAGAAGAAGCGGCCGCUUCGCUUCUUUGCUUCUAUUUUCUCUCCCUUUCUUUCUGGGUGGUGGCAGGCGGGAUAUAUGGCCGCUGUCAGCAGCAUCGCCUCGCCUUCGAGGUUUCUACCCCUCCCCUCCCGGCCCCAGCCCAAGCCACGGACUUCUUCCUUUCUCUCCAACUCCAGGCCCUUCCCCCCCUCCUCCACGAGAUCCCACGUGCCUCCUGGCCCUCUUUGGAGGUCCGAACGUGCGCGGAGGGAUCGGGCCGUCGCCGCUUCGGUGACGGCGGCGGAGGACUUGGACGUGAUCCCCGUGCAGAGCCCUGACUCGACGGACCAGCAGGACGGGAUUGUCGCCGUGGUGGCGGGGAGAGAGCAGGAUGAGGAGGACGGCGGUGGGAGCAAAAGUCACAGCCAGGUCGGAGGAUUCGCCUUGGACAGCGGAGGGGUUGGUAGCGUGACGGGCGGCGGUGGCGGUGGUGGGGGCUUAUCCUCUUCUCCGUCGUCUUCGUCUCUCGAGGAAGGCGAGGAUGUGGAUCGGUUGGUGGAUCGUGCGAUCAAUGCCGCGAUCGUGCUUGCGGCGGGGACCUAUGCCAUCACCAAGUUGCUCACCAUCGAUAGGGACUACUGGCAAGGAUGGACCCUUUAUGAGAUCCUAAGAUAUGCACCCCAGCACAAUUGGACUGCUUAUGAGGAAGCCUUGAAAACAAACCCUGUUCUGGCCAAAAUGAUGAUAAGUGGAGUGGUUUAUUCUCUAGGAGAUUGGAUUGCACAGUGCUAUGAAGGAAAACCACUUUUUGAUUUUGACCGUGCUCGCAUGUUCAGAUCUGGUCUUGUUGGUUUUACUCUACAUGGGUCCCUUUCUCAUUACUAUUACCAAUUCUGUGAGGCUCUUUUUCCUUUCCAGGACUGGUGGGUGGUUCCUGCGAAAGUGUUGUUUGACCAAACUGCUUGGGCUGCAGUGUGGAACAGCAUUUACUAUGCAGUCCUGGGACUUUUGCGUUCUGAAUCACCAGCUAACGUAUUCGGUGAACUGAAGGCUACAUUUUGGCCAAUGCUAACUGCAGGGUGGAAGCUUUGGCCUUUUGCUCACCUGAUUACUUAUGGUGUUAUACCAGUAGAACAGAGACUUCUCUGGGUGGACUGUGUGGAGCUGGUGUGGGUGACCAUAUUAUCCACUUAUUCAAAUGAGAAAUCUGAAGCCAGAAAUUCAGAGGCAAUGUCAGAGUCAAACGCUAAGCCCCCAUCUGCUGUUCCUGAGGAAUUGAUGAAGUAGAUGGCAAAACCAGAGCAAAUGUGUUGGCUGGGAUGUUGAGGGAAUGAGCAUCACAGAUUUUUGGUGACUGGAACUGCAGCUAAAGCUGCCUCAGUGUUCAUCAAGCGGGUGCUGUAUAGAUUGCGUGUAUAAUAAACAACAGCAAUAAUUCUUUAAUGAGAACUAGUGUCCCCAUACGGAAGUCCUUACGAAAAAAAAAAUGUUUUGCCAUACGGAAUUACGAUAUAGAAUGCAGUAGGAAUCGGCUGUUCCGAAUGUCAAUAGGAUAUGGCUUCUUGUAACAGUCAUAGGGGGUUGAUUCAAAUAAGUAUUCCUGUGUGUAUGCUUUAUAAUUACCCAUCCUCUAGAUUGUUUUGUUGCGA